AAGCUAGGCCGGCCCAUAAACAAACGCCCUAUCGAUGGUGAUGUCUGACGAUGCCUGAUUAAUUAUGAGCAAGAUACAAGAGAUCUAUUUUACUCUCAUUUUUGGAAGAACCAUAGUUUAAGCAUGCCACGGUAUUUAGCACUUGACUACGCUUUCGAGGCAAUUAAAGAGCAUCAAAAUUUCCUGAGUGUAUUCCUCUUGGCUCUGCCCUCAAGUCUUGAUGUUCAUUCAAAUGCCAAAAGAGAUGAUGAUAACAGUUACAAAUUGCCUUGGCUUCAAUUGAAAGGCAAGAGUACAUUAAGCUCCUUGACUGAUUGUUCUGGAAUAAAAGAAGCCUUGAGGAAAAUUGUCCCUUCUUCUUUGGAACGAGGAUUAGAGACAAUCUUGGAAGAAACACUUCAUUUUGAAUCAGUUGAAGAUGACAUUGUACCAAGCUCUAAUCCGGACUCUCCCCCAUUGGACUAUCAGACAAAGCUUAGUAUCCAGUCAAAGCUUAAGCAUAAAGACCCAUGUGAGAUUCCCAGCAGUAUCGAAGGCCAUCCUGUGAAAGUCCAAGAGGAUGACCUUCAUUUUCAUUGUAAAGGAAGGGAAUAUGCAAGGUUCAUGCUGGAGAACUUGGUUGAUGUCACUUCUGACUCAAGGCAACACCAGACCUGCAAAGAUAUGUGUAAACAGUUAGUCCCUCUUACUAUUAAGGAUCCGUUCGCAGACCUCCCUCCUGAGCAGACAGCUGAAGACCUGCGAUUGGGGACAAAUGAACAGAAAGAUAUCACAACUGAGCCUUUCGCAGAGUUGGAGCUAAUGGAAGAUUUAGAGAAAUUCCCUGAUGUAUGGAAGGACAAACAACAAAACAAUGAAGAACUUCUACUGCCUGAGCUGGUUUCAACGGCACACACUGAGAACAAUCAUCCAAGUAUGUGUGAUGUCAUGCCUGACUACUGCCUAAGGUUGGAAGAGGAUAGCUAUACUAAGCAGUUUGAUUGGUCUGAAACAGGAUUUCUAGGGUUGAACUCCCCUUCAAGUCAAUCACAUCCAGAACAGCUUCCAUGUAUUAGUCAAACUGAUGGUGAUCUUAUCAAGCUGAAUUGUGAAGGCCUUGGUCCAGCGGAAGAUAAGGAAUCCAGUGAUGUUCAAAAAAGAUCUUUGGAGUCUCCACAGACCCCUAUUGAUGUUUCUAAGACAUCAGAAGAUCCAGGACUAGAGAAUCAGAAGCUUCCCAUAACUCCUAUAUCAUGCUUUGAUACUGAGAUUGUGACUCCAAAGACCAAAGAGAAGACAGAAAAGAAAAUAUGGAAGACUGAACAAUAUCUACAUGAGGCAGUGGCACUGGGUCUUAAAGUUCCUGAGGUGACGAAUAUGGAUAAACCCAAUCCUCUACUGUCACCCAAGUCAGAACUAGGCUUGACCAAAGAACAUGGCAACAGCGAUGUUGAUCUAUUAUUACCAUGGCAACUAGUCAAUAUGUCAAAGGUUAUGAUGAACAAGAAGUUUACAAGGACCGUUGAGAGAUUAGAGGGUGCAGAUGAGAUCAAAAUGUUGGAAAGUAAAGUGGACAGCUGCCAAGAACCAGUGGUUAAAGAAGACUUAUCAAUAGAUGAUGAUGAAAGUGAUAUAAUGUUGGAGCCAUUGGAGGAAGUGAGGACGAAGCAGCCCUCUAAAAAAACAUCAUCUGAUUCUGAUCAACAAACUGAAAAUUUUAAAGAGCAUAUGAAUACUACGUCAGAUACAGCUGUCACUGAAAAUGAGAAGCCACUAGCUGAGGAGAGUAAGGAGAAGAAAGGAGAUACUGCUCCCAAAAGAUGUUCUCCUGUAGGGGAUCCAUUGAUGGACUUCCUGAAGCUUAGAUGCAAGGAAUCUCUGAUCAAGAAGGAGCCGCCUCCUCUCCCACCCCCUCUCCUUCCAAGAGCAGAUUACAAUAGCAAAGAGCUUCCAUUGAAAAGCACAAAUGACACAAAGACUGUUUCCAAGCCUGUGCUAAUUAAAAAGGAGAUACUCAAUCAUGAUGACUCCAAAGAAUCUGAGCUAACACCUACCAAGUCUGGUAAUAAAAAGUCAAAGAGCAGAACGGUUGAAGUUACUCUGACAGCAUCAUUUGUUGAGAUGAUGAAAGUACUAGAAGAUGCCCUAACUCCAGUGAUGAAUCGCCUUCAUUCUACCAAUGUACUGUCACCAUCCUACACACUCCAUACACUCACACCAGAUGUUUCUAGAUUCCUCCUACUACAGUAUGAAAAGCAGAGUAAAUCUACAGAUAAAGAAGACAAAGAAGAAUAUCAACAAAUCAUUCUCCUUCACAGCUAUGUAACUGCUAUAGAUCUGAUGAUACACUGUGAUGCUGUAUCAGCAAUCAUGCACUUGGCUCUUGCCAAUGAGAGAUACAAGGAUGUCCUAAAAGGAUGUUUAGAUGGUGUAAGAAACGCCCUGUUCAAGAAGCAUUGCCUGCUACCCAAACACACCAUACACCCUAAGCUUCAUGAGAUGGCUAGGCUUACAGGAGAAUGGUUCCUUAAGAAACUCAAGAAAGAAGGAAAGGACCAUGACCCUAAGGUUCUUGUGAUAAUUAGACGAGAGUAUGCCAAACUGGUUGAAAGUGUCACUACUGUUUUGCUUUCUGUGAGAGGUUUAUCAGCUGGCACUCUGAGCUCAUCACCCCAAACCAUCUACAUGGCAGUUAGUCAAGCACUGGACAAACACAACUGCUUGGUGAUCUCACCCGCUCAGAUAGAUGAGAGCUUUCCUUGGGCACACUUCUCACUGGUCAUUGAGUAUGAAGCCUACCCCAACAGCCCCUGGAAAGAGCUAUGCUUGCGUCAAAAUAUCAGGCACAUUGAACUACGAUGUUCAAGUUCUGUUGGAGUAGGAGCUAACCUGGGUCGUCUUAGUUUAACAGAUGGUGAUGACAAGAAAGCUGAUAAUAAGUCCAAGCAGAUCUCGCUCAAACUGAUAGGGUUUGAUGAUAUCAUUAAUUCAUCCAAGCUGCUACAUACACUCGAAACAAGGUUCAACAUUCUGAUCGUUGAGAGGACUUCUACCUCCCCUCACAACUCUUCCUCAUCUCAACCCAUCUCUGCUGACCUCAUUGUUGAUGAAAGGACAGGUGCUAUCAUCAUAGGAUUAGAAAGCUUACUAUUAGAUGGUGCUGUAGAGCCUCUGGUUCAUCGUAUCACUCUACUAUCACAGCAAUUCUGCAUGCUGUGGGUCAUUCUGGAGGGAAAUGGUCAUAAUAACAGCUAUGCUCUUGGUGGUCAUGUUGUAGCAAACACCAGCAAGCUUCAAGCAGCUCUGUCACAGUUCAAUGCCAAGUCUUAUGAUUUUGAAGUGAAGGUGAUGUACUCUGAUGAUAGUACAAGUACAGCUUCUACAAUCAGCAUGAUCUGUGAUGUAUGUCAGAAGGCAUCAACAGCAGUAUGGCACCAUGAUGACUGGCUUCAUAGACCAUGGUUCACUGACACACUCAGCAAGCAUGAGAGCUUCUUGUCGAGUUUUCAAUGUGUGAACUCCUUCACUGCCCAAGUCAUGCUUACUGCUGCCCCACUACAAGUGCUGCUGAAAGCUCCGCUCACAUAUCUCUCAAAGCUCUGUCCAUGGAUUCCAACCAGAAUCAUCUCUAAUUUCUACAAGCUUGUGCAUGAUGAGAGUCCUUUUUAUGAUCGCCCUUCAAAAGCCCCUAUGUCACAGAGGAGGGAAGAGUCCAGGGAUGGCCAAACUGAGCCCAUCCUCCAGGACAGAAUGAUUGUCGAUCAAGGAAGCAGGAAGGUCAUUGCAGAUGCAACAAGAAAUCAGGAAGAUAUGAAACCUUCUGACCUUCACCACCAAGAGCAUGGAGGAUCAAAGGGAUGGAGCAUGCUGCAAAAUGGACGCAAGACCCAAAGUAGAGAUGACCUGAGGCAGUCAUAUCAGGAUGUUCCUGUUACAAUCAAGUCUGAACCAGUUGAUGAUUCUCCUGUUUAUGACCUUGAUGGUCAAGCUAUGUAUCCUCUAGACCAUUCUAUUCCAGAUGAUCUGAAGACACCUCUGGAACUGCUUGCAUCCAGUGAUACUAUUGGAAAAGACCAACUUAGCUCAUCAAGGUAUCAUUCAGAGGCAUUUGAUCCAGAACAUGGAAUGGAUACUGGUGCAAACCCCCAUUCUUCAAGAGAUCGCCAAGGCCACUUUAGCAAGUAUAGGUCUGGUCAAAGAGAACUACUGCCAUAUGCAUCAACUUCCAAGACUGAUUAUGUGACAGUGCCGUCAUCAAGAGAGCAGAUCAUAGAGGAAGCAGUGCAUAAAGGUCUACAUUCCAAUACAAUGGCUCGGGCGAGAAAGGCCUAUUCUGGCUUAGAUGAUAUUCUUCCAAGACAGCAUCAAGAUAAUUGGGGUCAGUGUCUUGCCAACGAAGAUGUAAAUAGAGACUAUUCUCUGAAAGAUCAUAUCCAAUCCUCUGGUCAGUCAGCAAUUGUGUCAAAUCAUGGACGAAACCGAGGACUGUAUGACAUGGAUCCCUUUCCUACCAGGGGUACUCAAAAGCUAGCUCCAAUGAAGUACAUAGGCAUAGCACAGCCCUGCCCUCGGGCUGGUAAAGAUUGUUCGACAAAAAAGAUCAAUCCUUCAAACUACAUGACGACUUCAAGAAGUGGGGAGUUUGGUACACUUGCAACAGCAGGGCUGCCAGCUAGAAGAGGAUCGGCUUCAAUGGAGAGCCUGAAUCAGUCUCAGGGAAACCCUUCCAUGCAGAGGCAUCCCCUUGAAUAUCACAGUCAGUACUUUCAAAGACCUGAUGAUCAUCAAUAUUCUGAAAGACAACAGACCGCACACAGUAGGAGUGAUUACAGAGGAAUGGACACGGCAAUGCUUCAAGGGAAAGGGUUGCUGCAGCAACAUCAAGCUUCCUCAUACCAGUAUCAAACAGGGAAUGCCUUCCAUGAUGCGAUUAGUCAAUUGAGCUCUGAAGAUAUGUACACUGAUGGCACAACUAAGAAAAGAAGAUUGACAUAUGAGAGGGUGCCAGGAUCUAAAGGAGGACAGACCAGACUAGCUUUUCGGUAGAUCACCAGGAUGUGAAAGUCACUUUGAUACCUCAACAAGAGCAGCCAAGUCUUGCCGAUUGUCAGGGAAAAUCUCAGGAUUUCUACACUGAUUGCGCUAUCAAGAAUAUAUGGAGUUCCAAGAUCUAAAGGAAAAUAGAUAUGAAUAGCUGUCAGGUAGAAAUAGCAUGUAAAAAAUCACUCUGAUACCUCAACCAGAGUACCAAUUUGUAUUUUAUGUUGUCUGAGCGAGGGAGGUUCCAGUGAACUGCUGCAUAUGGCCAACAGAAUAGGGGGCGGGGAAUACUUGCGAGAACUGUGUGUGUGUGAGAGGUAACAAGAUAAUAUGAUACAUUUUGCUGUAUAAGAUACUUGUACAUUACCUGAUGUAACAUAUAUAAUUUCUUAUGUUCUCUGUGGAAACCACAGUAUGUUUGAGCUUGGAGCCAUUUCAUAAAGCUGUUUGUAAGUUACGCAAAACUUCAUGCACGACAGGUAAACCUUCCUUAUGCUACACUGUAAAUAAGAUACCCCAAAUUUCCUGUUUCAUCCUAAUAGGAGUGCACUUCACAUCAUUUCAAUCAAAAUGUGAAAAAUAUUGAAUUUUCCACUCAGAUAAUUUCAAUCUACAAAAUUGAGUUUCCAGCUUAAGCUGAUGGGGAUCAAAAUGAUUGAGAGUCUGAAUUAAAUUGCUACCCAAAAAUGAGUCGCCAGUCAUGUGUAAAGUAUGUGUAAAGUCGUGAAGAACUUUCGAAAAUAGCUUUAUGAAAUGCCAUCCUUGAGACUGUUUUAUGAACAUGGUUAGUACAAUUUAUAUACUUCUAGUUAAAGUUGGUUUAAAAAGAUAACCCUUUAGUGAUUGGUCAAACUGGUUUUACAAAGUUUUAUCCUGAUGAGAUUCAUUGCAAGUGUUUAACAUGAGUCAGGUUGUCAUAGUUUGUUAUUCAUAUCUAUGCAAUGCAAAGAGAAAUUCAGUGUCUAACAAGAUAAACUGAAAAUAACUUUCUUGCCAGAUAUCAUACCAUUGUUGUUGGUAUUUUCAAUAUUAAAAAUAUACAUUUAUUCAAUAAUUAAAUUAAAUAUACAUACAACUGCUGAUGUUAUUUAUCUUCUUAUCUAAUGAAAAUUCUCUAUUGUAUUGUUAUGAACUGUAAUGUAUUUCAUGUAUAUUAUGGGUAGUU